GCUGACAUUAACGAACUCUUCAACCUUCCUCACUUUGUCCAUUUACCAUCAUAACUUCCAUCCGUUUGCUCUGGCUCCCAGUUUUCACCUUAACGCUGAAACAAUCAUUUAACACCAUUUUCCUUCAAUCAAAAUAUAACACUACAAGAUUUUCAAUCAAGCGAACCCUUCAAUAACUUCUGAUUCGCCCCUUUUUAUUCUGAUGCCGUUGGUUACAAUUUUGAGUUUUCAUCUGUUUUGGGGAAGAGGAUAGGUCUGCAGGAAUCAUGUCGAGACCAAUGCUACUUGUCUGUCUGUUGCUGAUACUGAUCAUUACAUCCCAAUUUGAAUGGAGGCAGCAAUUAGUAAGUGACAUGGAUACGAAUCCGGCAGAGUCUCAGAAGCAACAUCAGAUCUCAAAAAGGGAGGAAGGUGUCAAGGAGAAGAUAAUCUUGUCACAGGAAAAGAGCAUCCAGAAACUGAAUGAGGUAGUCAAGAGUCUCAGGGAACAACUACAGCAAUGCCGGAGCAGUAAUGAAACGACCUUAACCCAUUGGGUGCGAAACCUAUCUUCCAAGGCCUCACACUUAUGCGAUGAAAGCAACUACACAACAGAGUGGGAUUUGAACCAUCUGCCCUCGUCUCAAUCGCAUGCGCCUCGGGCAAAGGCUAGCUGGGUUGCUUGA